GCACAAAGGGGCCCGUCCAGUCGUCAGUUUAUCUGCGCACAAGCAUCACGGUGUCUAAAGAAUCAAAAACAAUUGGCUCCAAUAUCAUCGGUGAUGACCGCGGAAGUGACUUUGGCAUUGGACCGCGGAUAAGUGUUACGUGAUUAAGUGAACUGUAUUUCAACGGUACUUUUGUGUGUUUAACGUAUGAUCGUAGACGUAGCGUGUGAAUAAAUUAGUGUACCGAAUUUCAUUCUCGGAACCACCCCCUGCUUUCGUCGGCAGAGGGGCUCCUGUGAACAUGACCUAGUGCCCCAUGUCAUCACUUCUGACGCCACAUAACUGCUCGCCGACCUGACACGCACACCGUACACAAAUACCGUGAGGAUGUUGCCGCGUUGGUUGCUGGUUGGUUGCGUGGUGCUGUGCGCGCGGCCGGCGUAUCCGCAGGGUGCGCAACAGUGUCCGCCGCCCAACACGAUGGCCCCCUGCAGCUGCACCGUAAAGAAGAACGGCCUCGACAUACUGUGCGAGUUCACUGAACAACAGCACAUACAAAAGGCAAUGAACACCCUCCGUUCGAAGCCCAUGAUCAUCUUCUACUUGAAGCUAAGACACAACAACCUGGCCAAGCUUCCUUCAUACAUUUUCCUCGGGCUCGACAUCCGCCAUCUCACAGUACAUAACAGCAGUCUUGCUGUUAUUGAAGACUCUUCUCUGAGUUCCAUUGGUAACAAGCUCACACAGCUGGACGUAUCGCAGAACAGCUUAGCGACUAUCCCCACGUCUUCGUUCACCCAUCUCAAUCAUCUCCUUAUUUUGAACAUGAACCACAAUAAGGUGACAGCGGUGCACAAUCGAGCCUUCAUGGGCUUGGACACCCUCGAGAUACUGACUUUGUACGAGAACCGGAUAUCUGUCAUCGACGGGGAGGCUUUCAAGGGACUCGAGAAGAAACUAAAGCGCCUCAACCUGGGCGGCAAUGAUCUUACGGCGGUUCCACAGAAGGCUUUAGCGCUACUCGAAAACUUGAAGAAGUUGGAGAUGCAGGAAAACAGGAUUGCCUCUAUAUCUGAAGGCGACUUUGCAGGUUUACGCAAUCUGGACUCCCUGGGCCUCGCCCACAACCAGCUGCGAGAAGUGCCGUCACAGGUGUUCUCGCACCUGACCUUCCUGAACUCCUUGGAACUCGAGGGUAACGUCAUCCAAAGGAUUGACGAGAAAGCAUUCUCGGGGCUUGAAGAAAACCUGCAAUACCUACGACUGGGUGACAACCGUCUACACGAAAUCCCUUCAGACGCUUUGCGUCCAUUACACCGGCUUCGUCACUUAGACCUGCGAUCGAACAACAUCACCUACAUCAGCGAAGAUGCGUUCACGGGCUACGGAGACUCGAUCACUUUUCUCAACUUGCAGAAAAACAUGAUCCAUCAACUGCCAACAAUGGGUUUCGACAAUCUCAACUCCCUGGAGACCCUCAAUCUACAAAACAACAAGCUGCAACAUAUUCCGGAGGAAAUCAUGGAGCCCAUAUUGGAUACGCUGCGAGUAGUUGAUAUCAUGGACAACCCUUUAUUAUGCGACUGUGAGCUAGCCUGGUACGAGGCGUGGCUUGCCGGUCUACGGGACCGUGACGACGAGAUGAUGCAGAAGAAGCGAACGGUGUGCACUAUGGUGAACGAGCACAGAGAGUACAGCGUCGCGAAGAUGCCCCUCGAGAAGAUGAAUUGCAAAAGGAAACCAGCAUACGGCAGGACAUCAGGAGCCCCUACCACUUGCCACACCGUCAAUGUCGCCACCAACGCUCUGGUGGUAUUCCUCAUGAGAAUACUCUAGGCGCUUCAGAACACCUUCAAAAUUGUUUUAGUCCUUUCGUAUUUUGAUUUUUAAUCGAAGACCCACAAUCGCGGCAGCUGUGGCCGGAUGCCGCGAUCGAACGCCUUCGAAUGAAAAGUUUCGUUCAAAAUUUUCGUAACGUGAUGAAUUUGUGCAAUAAAAAUAUACGAUACAUAUCAAUUUUGGGCUGAAUAAGAAACAAAUGAAAUUAAAAUAGUUAUUAUGGAGCGGUAGCUUGAUAAGAAGUUGGAUGUUAUAAAGGGUGAGUAUAAGUUAGUGUGGUACGGUAUUUUUACACGUUAGUAAAACCACUUACGUAAUGCCUUACUUUAGAGUAAUGUAUCGAAAAGUAGGUGAAAAAAAAAACGAGUUCUAUACACCAAUCUUUCUAAAGUAUCACUGGAGAAGAGUAUAAAUUUUAAUGUUAGACUUCAUAGAUUGAGGCUAACGGUUGAAUCAUAUUUAUCGAUGUAGAAUUGAAUGACGCCCAAUAAACUGUGUUCAUAUGAGCAAAUUGAGCAAAUGACGAAAUUUAGCAAAAAAAAAAGCAAAAAGAUAACGUAGUAACGGAAGUAAUUAUAAAAGAAAAUCAUAAACAAAAGACUGCAGUCAUCAAAAGUCAAGAUAUAGCUAUAUUUGUUAGUAUUUUGCCUAUCUAUUAAGCAGAGUGUUCAUAGUUUGGAGCGACGCUUUGAAUUGUAUAUCAAGAAAGUAAUCGUCAUAAAAGUGACAAUUAUCAUAAAACAUAUCGACCUAUCUCUAUCGAUAUCGAUAUCAAUCGAUCUAAAUGACGUUUCUGCUACAUAUUGCAAUGCUAUUACACUCUGUAUGCAAAGGCAAAACACAACGUUUCUCUUGGCUCAAUGUCUUGAUUACACGUAAAUAAUAAUUAUGUAAUACUAGCAUUUCACGUGGGUAUUCUUUCGAAUUUGUUAUUUGUAAAUUUAACAGCCAUGAUGCUCUAUCGGGAAUGCUAGCAAUCUAACAAAUAGCAGUAAUUAUGAAUAUCCAUAUGUAGUGUCUGCAGAACACUAUUUUCAAAUCAAAAAACAAAAGUGAUUUAUUAAGGAGCUAGCUAUACACAAAAUCUUGCACAAUUUUCUGUUUACACUAACGCCCUUGACAUAAAUGUUUCCAUAUUUUUUUAUAUUAGUUUACCCCUGCC